GCGACAAGUCGGACUCAAAUUAGUGAAACACAGGAAGUGUAAUAGAGGUCGCUGCCACAACAGAACCAUAUGGGGCACAUUGAUACACUGAGCGCAUGAGGAGUUUACUUGGCUAUAGAGUGCUGAUUAAUUCAUAAAAUGUGUGCACUGGAAACGUGGAUUACCUCCGACACAGGGACAGAAAUUGGAGACUUGAAGGCAAGUCGGUAGGAUAAUAAAUAAUGAUUUAACAUCACCGGAUGUGUCAGAAAUUAGCACUGACAGUGAGAUAUCAGUGAAAUUGCACCUUUCUCUAACUUGGUAGCUGUUAACUGGCAACUGAGAGACAUCAUACAUAUCUACACAAUCCGAAAUGUCUCUUAUUGAAUGAGUUUGCACCUUGUGUGUAGCUCUGUACUCCUGCAACUGUAGUCUGGUUUCAUUGGAGGCUGUGCAGAUACAAACAUCAUGCCCCUGUCAGACUUUCUGGACGGUCUGAAGGACAACCCGUACUUUGGGGCAGGUUUUGGACUGGUUGGGAUUGGGACAGCGUUGGCAGUGGCCAGAAAAGGAGCCCAGGUGGGAAUGAUCUUCUUCCGCAGGCACUAUAUGAUCACUCUGGAGGUGCCCAGCAGAGACAAGAGCUACCACUGGCUGCUGAGCUGGAUCACUAAGCAUGCCAGGCACACCCAACACCUGAGCGUGGAGACAUCAUACCUGGCUCAUGAGAGUGGACGGAUUCACACUCAGUUUGACUUUCACCCAAGUCCAGGAAACCACAUCAUUUGGUAUGGGAGGAAGUGGAUCAGGGUGGAGAGGACCAGAGAGAAACAGAUGGUUGAUCUGCACACAGGGGUCCCCUGGGAGUCUGUGACCUUCACCGCUUUAGGCAGAGACCGACAGAUUUUCUUCAACAUCUUACAAGAAGCUAGAGAACUGGCCUUGAAGCAGGAAGAGGGACGGACGGUGAUGUACACAGCCAUGGGUGGAGAGUGGAGGCCCUUUGGGUUUCCACGCAGACGCAGACCCCUCAGCUCCGUGGUCCUGGAGGCGGGCAUCAGUGAAAAGAUUGUAGAUGAUGUGAAGGACUUCAUUGGAAACCCAAAGUGGUACACAGACAGAGGCAUCCCCUACAGAAGAGGGUAUCUGCUGUAUGGUCCUCCUGGCUGUGGGAAAAGCAGCUUCAUCACGGCUCUGGCAGGCGAGCUGGGUUACAGCAUCUGUCUGAUGAGUCUGAGUGACCGGACCCUGUCGGACGAUCGUCUGAAUCACCUCCUGAGCGUGGCGCCGCAGCAGAGCAUCAUACUGCUGGAGGACGUGGAUGCAGCGUUCGCGAGCAGAGACCUGCUUCCCCAAGAGAACCCGUUGGCCUAUCAGGGAAUGGGAAGACUGACCUUCAGCGGCCUGCUGAAUUCUCUGGACGGUGUGGCUUCUUCUGAGGCCAGGAUAGUUUUCAUGACCACCAACUUUAUUGAGAGGUUGGAUGCGGCUCUUAUCCGACCCGGUCGUGUUGAUCUGAAGCAGUACAUCGGACACUGCACUCAGGACCAGCUUACACAGAUGUUCCGGCGGUUCUACCCGGACGAGCCGGCCUCUGAAGCUGAGCGGUUUGCAAAGCAGGCGUUGGCCACACACUCAGAGAUCAGCGCCGCUCAGGUUCAAGGACACUUACUGCUGCACAAAAUGGACCCUGCAGGAUCUAUGGACAAUGUUUCCCAAAUAAAGGGAUGACGGGACUGUGAGGAGUUUUGAGACUGAAGACUGAAUAUAAAACAAUAAACAUGAGUAAAUCGCAUUUUAAUGGUUUUUACAUUUUCAGAUGAAGUGAUGGUGACUGAUGUGCAUUGAUGCCAAAGACUGUGCAGAAAAUUAUAAAUAACAAAUCAUGGA